AUGUGCUUCGGCAGCAGGGAAAAGGACAGCAGCGGUGCCGCUCGCUCGCGCGAACUGGACCGUGUGAUCCGUCAGGACGAGAAGCGCAUGGCCAAAGAAGUCAAGCUCCUCCUGCUAGGAGCCGGAGAGUCGGGCAAAUCCACCAUUCUCAAGCAGAUGAAACUCAUUUACUCGCAAGGCUUCAACAAGAACGAGCGUCUAGAAUGGAAGCCAGUAGUGUUCAACAACAUUAUUCAGUCCUUUCGGACAAUAUGCGACGCCAUGUCAGAGCUUGAUUACAAGUUUGACGGCCCAGACAACGAGAAGCACAUGGCGCAUAUCCUCGUGGAACUUGAAAUCAGCCCGGAAGAUAAGCUUCCUCAAGACUACCUUGAGCCAAUCAAAGCUCUGUGGCAGGAUCAUGGCGUGAAACAAGCAAUUGCAAAAGGCAACGAAUAUGCCUUGCACGACAACUUGGCAUACUUCGUCGACGGCUUGGAUCGGAUUUGGGCGGAUGGAUAUGUGCCCAACGACCAGGAUCUUCUCCGCUCCCGACUUAGAACUACGGGCAUCACAGAAAGCGUUUUCGACCUUGGGCAAUUGACGUACCGAAUGUUCGAUGUGGGAGGUCAGCGGUCAGAGCGAAAGAAAUGGAUCCACUGUUUUGAGAACGUCCACUGCUUGCUUUUCCUGGUUGCCAUCAGCGGUUACGAUCAGUGCUUGGUGGAAGACAAAGAUGGGAAUCAAAUGAACGAAGCGUUGAUGCUGUGGGAGUCGAUCGCGAACUCGCACUGGUUCACCAAGUCAGCCAUGAUUCUAUUCCUCAACAAGAUGGAUCUUUUCAAGGAGAAGCUUCCCAGGAGCCCGAUAAGCAAGUACGGAUUCACCGACUACCACGGCCCCGAGGACGACUACAAGGCUGCCAGCAAAUAUUUCCUCGACAAGUUUUACGCCCUGAGCCGGAACCCCGAAAAGGAGAUUUACGGCCACUUUACAAACGCAACCGAUACAAAUCUGCUCAAGAUCACCAUGGCCUCAGUACAAGACAUGAUUAUCCAGCGCAACUUGAAACAAUUAAUACUGUGA